AUGCUUUGCUUUGUGGUGGUUCGGGUAUUGACUCGUUACCUGCUAAAUCGAACUACCAAAACCCUAAACCCUAAAAUGCGAGUCUUCGCUUACCGAGCCUCCUGCUUCUUCAAGCGCAAUCACGAGAAUUCCCCGUACAACCCUAUUUUUAACUUCUUCAGAGAAUUCGCUCAAUCCACUGCAAUUCCCAAAAAGCAACUUAGGGUUCGCGACCAUGGCUACGACAACUACAUGGAAGUGGAGAAGAAAAUGCGCAAGGUCCUCAAAUUCCAGAGCCUCAUCCUCUCCGAGCCCACCCAAUCGCUCCCAAUCUCGCGCCUCGAAACCCUUGCACGCCGCUUCGGCUUCACGCGCUACGAAGCCGGCGCAUUCGUUGUAAAGUUCCCGCACAUCUUCGAAAUCUUCGAGCAUCCUGUCCAGCGUAUCCUCUUCUGCCGCCUCACCCGCAAGGCCAUCCUCCAGAUCCAGCAGGAGCGCCACGCGCUCGCGGAGCAGAUCCCACUCGCCGUCACGCGGCUCCGUAAGCUUCUCCUGAUGACGAACGAAGGCAGGCUCCGCCUCGAACACGUGCGCAUCGCACGCGCCGCCUUCGGGCUCCCCGACGACUUCGAAAACUCGGUGGUUCUGAGGUACCCGCAGAAUUUCCGUUUGAUUGAUGCCAAUGAAACUAGGAUGAAGUACAUUGAGGUUGUGGAGGCAGACCCUAGGCUAAGGACUUGUGCAAUUGAGGAGCUUAGGGAGAGGGUUUAUAGAGAGAGAGGUGGUGAUGCUGAGGAUAUUAGGUUUUCUUUUAUGAUUGAUUUUCCACCUGGUUUUAAGAUUGGCAAGUAUUUUAGGAUUGCUAUGUGGAAGUGGCAGAGGCUUCCGUAUUGGUCCCCCUAUGAGGAUGUUUCUGGGUAUGAUCUGAGGUCCAUUGAGGCCCAGAAGAGGAUGGAGAAGAGGGCUGUUGCCACUAUUCAUGAGUUGUUGUCGUUGACUGUGGAGAAGAAGAUUACGUUGGAGCGGAUCGCACAUUUCCGGAUGGCGAUGAACCUGCCCAAGAGGUUGAAGGAUUUCCUGCUCCAGCACCAGGGUAUUUUCUAUAUCUCCACCAGGGGGAAUCAGGGGAAGCUUCACACUGUUUUCCUCCGGGAGGCAUAUAGGAAAGGCGAGCUGAUUGAGCCGAAUGAGUUGUAUUUGGCGCGGAGGAAACUGGCUGAGCUCGUCCUGUUGAGUCCCCGGAAAGCCAAGGUUGACAGGGAGUUGGUUGGGUAUAGGAGAAGCAGGUUAGAGGACGAAAUGGGGCAGGUAACAAGGACGUAUGUGGAGGAUGCUUGUGAAGACUUUAAGGGGGAAGAUCGUGUGGGGCUGGAUAAGAAUGCAGAGGAUGAUUUGACAUCAGAUAUAGGUUCUGAUGUUGAUUUGGGAGAUGAAGAUGAUGAUUUUGUGGAUAGUGUAUAA